AUGGACGCCGCUGCCAGUGUGAUCGCUGUGGUCCAGAUCACAGAGCAGAUCUUGACCCUCUGCUACACGUAUGCCAAAGGAGUCAAAGAUGCACCAGCCGACAUCGAACGCUUGAAAAGAGAGCUUAAGGACCUCAAUGCGGUUCUCAAUGGGGCAGAAGAACUCCUCAAAGGUCCUCACAAGGAAAAGCUCAGCACAUCACAGAAACUGUCUACGAGUCUUAAGGAAUGCACGGCCGAACUGGAGACGCUGUCCUUAAAAUUGGUGACAAAGUCUGGAGACUUGCACCAACACUGGUUCAGCCGUAGUCGCUUGAAAUGGCCACUCGAAAAAGAGGAGGUUAACAAGACAAUCGAGUCUCUUCACAGACACCGAGCCAACUUCAACACGAGCUUGACAAUCAACCAAGCCUUCGAGCGCAUCGAGGAUGAUGAGCGGAAUCGGAUCCUCGAUUGGAUGUCGCCGAUCCAGUAUGGCGAACACCACGACACGGUCCGGGACAAGAGAACUCCCGAUACAUGUGAAUGGUUGAUACAAAGAGAGACGUUUCGGCAGUGGGAGGACAAAAACACGGCCCUCAUCAUGUGGCUUUCUGGUUCUCCCGUUGCAGGACAGCCCAAGCUGGUGCAGAAGCAACUCCGUAGUCUCUGGCAAGAAUCACGGACCAAAGCCCAAAAGUUUGGUAUGGAGUCUUGCAAAACCCAGAUUCUAGCCUCCAUUAACCUCUACGACAGGACAACCCUUGUGCUGGAUGCCCUGGACGAAUGCGAGCUCGCGUCUCGCAUUGUUGUCAUGGACACAAUCAAGCUUCUGUUGUCGCGAGCCACAAAACCCUUGUAUGUGUUUGUGUCGAGUCGGCCGGAGAACCACAUUCGAAAGUUCUUUCACCACAUGCCUAACGUUGAGAUCCAGGCGACCGACAACAGCGAGGACAUCAAGAAGUUUGUGCAUGCAGAGGUUGUCCGGCACCCAAACUGGCACGACAUGCCUACGGAAUUGCGUGACGACAUUGAAAGAACGAUCCUGACGCAGAGCCAGGGGAUGUUUCAAUGGGCAUAUCUACAGAUCAACCAGAUUCUCGGUCUUCAAACACAAGCUGCUAUCAGAAACCGACUUGGAAAACUGCCCAUCGGUCUCAAGAGCACGUACGAUGAAAUCUACAAUCAGAUCUCGUCUGGCGACGACCACGACAAAGCAAUUGCAGAGCGUGCUUUCAUGUGGGUUGCAUGCGCCAUCAAGCCUUUAAGCGACAAAGUACUUCUCGAGGCCGUUCGCUUCGACCCGGAAAAUAUAACAAACCCAUCUGAAGCAGUCGAUCGGACGGGUCUUUUCAACCUCUGCAAAAAUUUUCUUGUCUUCGACAGGCGGCUGAACAGUUGGAGAUUCUCGCAUUUGUCGGUGACUGAGUAUUUCGAGAAGUAUCACUGGACACUUGUGAAGGCCCAUUGCCACGUUGCAAAAGUUUGUCUCUCUCUUCUCAUCGAAACACAUGACAACACGCAAAUAGUGGAACCGCACGAUCUAGUUACAAGUUGGCCCCUACACCCAUUUUAUGAGGCUUUUCAAUUUUACUACGAUGAGAAUUGGAUCCGUCAUGUCCAAACGCAAGAAGGACAGGCGCAAGACCCUGGCCUGACUCGCCUUUUAAAAACAUUUUUGGGGUCUCCAACGGAGAGCAGCCAGCAAUAUUGGCAGUGGUAUCGCCGAGCCAUUGGCAUCCAUAACCCGGGAGAUUACGUUUGGUGUGCAGCACUGGAUAAUGUCAAACCCGUGAGACGUACCAUCUUUUCGAUAUGCCGGUUCUCCAUGUUCACUGUGUUGGAAGACUGGUGGAAUACUGGCGAUCUGCCACUAUCGGAGAAGAACAACGGGGGCGAAACUGCCCUAACACUUGCUGCAAUGUCCGGUCACGCGCCUAUGUGCAAAGCCAUCGUGAACAGGGGAGUUGACGUGAACCAGCAGGCCGGGGAACAUGGAAGUGCCCUUGCUACGGCCGCGUUCACCGGAAACGUGGAAGUUGUCCAAUGCUUGAUCGACUUGGGUGCCAUUGUCGAUUUGCAGCUUGAAGUCGGGGAAUGCGGUAGUGCCCUUGCAGUAGCCGCUGCUUCUGGUAGCUAUAGAGUCGUCCGGUGCUUAUACGACAACGGCGCCGACGUGAACAUGCUACUCUACAACGGCCAAUAUGGAAGCGCCUUGGCCGCUGCUGCAUUUCUUAGGCGCGUGGAUGUGAUGCACUUCUUGGUCGAUAAAGGUGCCAAAGUAGACAUGCUUCUAAAAUGCGGCGGAUAUGGGUCCGCUUUGAUUGCUUCUGUCGCAGGGUUCUGGCGCCCUAAAGUUGCACUUCAUCAGCCACUGGUAGACUACGGAGCGAACGUUAACUUACUCCCGGAGGUCGGCCGUUACGGUAGCCCCCUCGUCGCUGCUGCGUCGAUUGGUAGCCUAGACAAGUUGACGUACUUGGUCAAAAAGGGCGCCGUUCUUGAUCAGCAGUUACGGUGUGGCCGAUACGGAAGUCCGUUGUGUGCUGCUGUGGCGGCGAACAAGAAAAAGAUUGUCACAUAUUUGGUAAAUCAGGGCGCCGAUGUCAACUUUCUGCCCAAGGUUGGACAACUCGGCAGCGCUUUGGCUGUUGCUGCCCUGUUGUGCUCGGGUGAAUGCGUGGAGUUUUUGCUUCGGAAAGGAGCCGAUGCCAAUCUCAGGCUACUAACGGGUAAAUACAAGACGGCUAUAGAGGCUGCUGAGGCGAUGAUCUCUAAGGAGGAUCGCUUGAUGUGGUCUCCUGGCCUGUACUUUACAGGAUGGGAGGUGGAUAAUGAUAACGUGCGGAUACUUAAGCUACUCCGCGAGCAUGUUGUAAAAAGUUAA